AUGCACGCCAUCACAGCUAUCUUGGCACUCGCUGCGGGUAGCGUGAUUGCCGCUCCAGUCGAUACCGUCGCUGAGCGUGCUACCGCCACAGAACUCAACACUGCCGCUAAAGCAGCUGGCAAAGUGUACUUCGGUACCGCUGUCGAUAAUGGUGACCUAGGGAACUCCCAGUACACCUCAGAGGAAAAGAACACCGCAGAUUUCGGCCAGAUCACACCAGCAAACUCCAUGAAGUGGGAUGCCAUCGAAGCCAGCCGCGGAAAGUUCACCUACACCCAGGGCGAUGUAAUUGCGAACCUCGCCAAGACCAAUGGACAGAAGCUUCGCUGCCACAACCUUGUUUGGCACAACCAACUGCCUAGCUGGGUCUCCAGCGGCAACUUCGACAAUGCCACCUUGAUCUCGAUUAUGAAGAAUCAUAUCACGAACGAGGUCACCCACUAUAAGGGUCAGUGCUACGCGUGGGAUGUCGUAAACGAGGCCAUCAACGACGAUGGCAGUGGCACCCUCCGCUCUGACCCCUUCCACAACACGAUCGGUCCAGCCUACCUCCCAAUCGCCUUCGCGACUGCUCAUGCUGCGGAUCCCAGUGCGAAGCUUUACUACAACGACUACAACAUCGAGACUCUUGGUGUCAAGUCGACCGCUGCUCAGAACAUCGUCAAGAUGAUUAAGGCUUAUGGCGCUCCGAUUGACGGUGUUGGGCUCCAGAGUCACUUCGUGUCCGGCUCCACCCCAACCACAGCUCAGCAAGUCGCCAACAUGAACGCAUUCACAGCGCUGGGCGUCGACGUCGCCAUUACCGAGCUCGACAUCCGCGUCAAGACACCCGAGACCUCCGCCGAGUUGACGCAGCAAGCCACCGACUACUCCAGCACCAUCAAGGCCUGCAAGCAAGUCUCCCGCUGUGUCGGUGUCACUCUCUGGGACUGGAAUGACAAGAACAGCUGGGUUCCCGGUACAUUCCCUGGCUAUGGUGCUGCCACUCCGUGGGAUACCAACUUCCAGAAGAAGACUGCCGUGUAUAACGCAAUCAUCAGUGCGUGGCAAUCGUAG